AUAAAACGUGUCCCCUUGGACAAAGUGUUACGCAUACCGGUGGUACGUCCCAGUACACCCCUCCAGAGUGGUUUCUGAGCGAGUCGUACCGGGCCGGGCCCUCCACAGUGUGGCAGCUGGGGGUUGUGCUGUACGACAUGCUGUGUGGGGACCAGCCCUUCAACACACGACGAGAGAUCAUCUAUGAAGAGCCUUACAUCAAGGACCAACUGUCCAGACACUGUGUGGAUCUGUUGAGGAGGUGUCUGGCGAAGCGACCCCGAGGACGGCCCACUCUGGACGAGAUGUUACUCCACCCCUGGCUCCAGCCGGACACACCCCCUGGCUCCAGCCGGACACGCCCCCCGGCUCCAGCCGGACACGCCCCCCGGCUCCAUCCAGACCCGCCCCCUGGCUCCAGCCGGGCACGCCCCCCGGCUCCAUCCAGACCCGCCCCCUGGCUCCAGUGAACCGGACACUCCCCCUGGACAGACCUGCAGCUUGUCACCUGAACCCGACAUAAACAUAGAUUUCUAAAACAUUUUUUGGAACCGUCUUUGAAAAUUGACGUGAAAAUAUAAACUUUGAACAAAAUAUCAUACUUUUAUCAUU